AUGUAUCGUCAUGCUCCUGGUUUUUUGCAACGUCCAGUUGCCUACCUUCGUUCACACGCUCGACUGUAUGCAUGCCCAAAAUUCACUAGUGGAGGUUGUAACGGCGUUCAAGGCAACAAUAAGAAGAACUUUUCGUCUUCUGGUCAUUCGGAUGUAAGCCAACAUUCUCCUGAAAUUGAACAAGUUCUCACGCUACAACCAAAAGUCCUCGCCUUUGCUUCUGUUAGACCAACUGUCGAGGCCCGUAAGGCCAAGAAGGAGUGGAAAAGGAACGCAGACAAAGACAACCACGAAAUUCCUCCGUUGGCUUACGAUUUUUCUGAUGCCAAUACGACGAGUCUUGGAGAACGUGGAGCUCUUAGGGAGGCAGCUCGGUGCUUACGAUGUGCCGAUGCACCUUGCCAACAUAGCUGCCCGACACAACUUGACAUCAGAUCUUUUAUCGGUAGCAUUGGCAAGAAAAACUAUUAUGGAGCAGCUAAAGCUAUUCUCUCCGACAAUCCGAAUGGCCUAACCUGUGGUAUGGUUUGUCCCACUUCUGAUCUAUGUGUUGGAGGCUGUAAUCUUACUGCUACUGAAGAGGGCCCAGUUAAUAUUGGUGGUCUUCAACAAUUUGCUGUUGAGGCUUUUGCUAACAUGAAUGUACCUCAGAUUGUUGACCCAGAGAUCAUUAAGAGCACAAAGAAUGAUCCACACUACGAUACCAAAAUUGCCCUAAUCGGCUGUGGACCAGCAAGCAUAUCCUGCGCAACUUAUCUAGCUCGUCUUGGUUAUCGUCAGGUGCAUAUCUUCGAACGUUCUAAGAGUCUAGGAGGUAUCAGUACCGUAGAGAUUCCACAAUUUCGUUUACCUGGAUCAGCAGUAGCAUUUGAACUGCAGCUGCUGCGCGAUUUAGGUGUUCAAAUCCACACUGAGAGACCGUUCUCAGCUUCGACGAAGAACCUGGAAAGCACGGAGGCUUCACGUGAAGUUUCUAUUGCAAGUCUUAGAGCGGAUGGUUUCAAGGCAAUCUUUCUGGGUUUCGGUCUCCCAAACCCUCAUUCUAUUAGCGUAUUUGCUGGUCUCACUCCAGAACAAGGCUACUAUACCUCAAAGGACUUUCUCCCAAGAGUGUGUGCUGCUUCUAAGGGCUGUUUAGGUUGUGCUCAUUCAAAGCUACCCAAUCUGAAGGGCAAGAGAGUCGUAGUUCUAGGAGCUGGUGAUACAGCAUUUGACUGCGCUACUUCGGCUGUGCGUUGCGGAGCUAGCCGUGUAACGGUUGUUUUCCGUAAGAGUACCUCUACUAUCAAUCCAGUGCCUGAAGAAUUGGAAGCGGCUGUACGCGAGAAAUGCGAUAUUUUGCCCAACAUGGCUCCAGAUAAGGUACACUUGGGAGCAAACGGAAAAAUCUGUGACCUUACUUGCGUGAGACGAGAACGAAACGAGGAUGAAAAAUGGUUUAGCGACCCUGAACAAUCGAUUAAAAUCAAAACAGAUGUGAUUAUUACGGCCUUUGGUUCAGAGCUCAAUGACCCUGAUGUACUUAGCGCCAUGGAGGGUGUAAAACUAGCUCCAAGUGGGUUCUCAAAGGGACUUCCUGUAGUAGAUCCGGAAACAAUGCGCACUAACCUUUCAGACGUCUGGUGCGGCGGUGAUCUCACUGGUUUCUCCCACACCAGCGUUGAAGCAACUAAUGAUGGAAAAACUGCGGCUUGGAACAUUCAUAGUACCCUUCUCAAAGAACCCGAAUUACCGAAAGUUCUGCCACGUUUUACAACUCCAAUUGAUACAGUUGAUGUGUCAGUUGAUCUCUGUGGAAUCAAGUUUGAUAACCCCUUCGGUCUAGCUUCUGCACCUCCAACAACUUCAAGUGCAAUGAUUCGUCGGGCAUUUGAAGCUGGUUGGGGAUUCGCUGUUACAAAGACCUUCGGCUUAGACAAAGACCUAGUUACAAACGUCUCACCUAGAAUUGUCCGUGGUCCUACUGGUGGCCAUAUGUACGGUCCAGAUCAAUCUGGCUUUUGUAAUAUUGAAUUAAUCUCUGAGAAGACUGCUGCAUACUGGGUACAGAGCAUAAAAGAGCUGAAACGUGAUUUCCCCGAGAAGAGAGUUAUCGCAAGUAUAAUGGCAAAGUUUGAUGAGGCUGACUGGAAGGAGUUAACAGGAAUUACCCUGGAGGGUGGUCCAGAUUGUCUCGAAUUGAAUCUUUCGUGUCCCCACGGAAUGGGUGAACGAGGUAUGGGUCUGGCUUGUGGGCAAGAUCCGAAUCUUGUUCGAGAAAUCUGCAAGUGGGUAAAAAGUGCUGUGGGAGCCCAAGGAACUCCAGUGUUCGCCAAGUUGACCCCAAAUGUUACAGACAUUGGUCUCAUCGCAAAGGCUGCUCAAGAGGGAGGUGCUGAUGGUGUGACUGUCAUCAAUACAGUAUCCGGUAUCAUGCAUUUCGAUAGUGACUCGAGACCUUGGCCGGCUGUUGGAAAGGAUAAUUUAAGUACUUAUGGUGGUCUUUCGGGUAAUCUUAUUCGGCCGAUGGCUUUGCGUGCUGUUAGCUAUAUUGCUAGAAUGCUACCUGGUUUUCCUAUCCUUGCUACCGGUGGUAUUGACUCCGCAGAGUCUGGAUUGCAAUUCCUGCAAACUGGUGCUACAGUUCUGCAAGUAUCGAGUGCCAUUCAAAAUCAAGAUUUCUCAAUCAUUGACGAUUUUGUGACCGGUCUCAAAGCAGGACUUUACUUGGAUGGGCGUGAAGAACACUGGAACUUCCAAACUCCGGAGCUGAAUGAGCACUUGCAAAAAGGCAAGCCGGUUCACAUCUCAGCCCUGAAUGAAAAGGAUAACUAUGUACCCAACUUUGGAACUGGUCGUGCUAAGAGAGAGGCUGAAUUUGCGAAAGAGUGCGAAAAGACUUCUGGCACAGCAUCAAUCGCCAUAGCAGAGCGACGAUUGCAACAACGGCUGCAACGUCCAGCAUUAUCAUCCAAAACACCAUCUGUCAAUAGCAUUAUUGGUCGAGCUCUAGACAAAGUUGUUUCAUACGGACAGCUGAAUAAUAAAGAGCAUGUUGUAGCAGAGGUCCAGUCAGAAUCUUGCAUUAAUUGCGGAAAGUGUUACAUGACAUGCAAUGACACUGGGUAUCAGGCAAUUGAUUUUGACACUAUAACUCAUCUUCCAACUGUUCGAGAGGCUGAUUGUACUGGUUGCACGCUCUGUUUCUCAGUUUGUCCAGUCCCUGACGCUAUUCGUAUGGUCGAACGCACCACUGCGUAUGUGCCCAAACGUGGAAUCCCUCCUGCAAAUCAAGGACAUAAAACUCAAGAAAAUAAGACUACCUAA